CCUGCAGUGACAGGAUUGAUCAUUUACUGAGUAUUGGGAAAGCAGCCGAGAACCUUGGAGCCACUAUUAACGACCAAGAGCGGCUUUUGCUGACACUUCAUGCAAAAUGGAGAAGCAGUUAACAGGCACACUCGCUCUGGCAGUGUUCACAGCUGCGCUUGGCUCUCUGCAGAUGGGAUACAGCCUGGGCGUCAUCAACGCCCCACAGAAGGUCAUUGAGAGGCACUAUGCAAGAUCUCUGGGGGUCUAUAAUGAAGAACUAGCUCGCAGAGAAGGAGGAAACGCCACAGAACAUGAAGAACCGACUGAUGCUUCUGUGGUCAUGUACUGGUCCUUGUCUGUGGCCAUCUUCGCCAUCGGAGGCAUGGUGUCCUCCUUUCUAGUGAGCUUUGUUAGCGACUUCCGUGGAAGGAUCAAAGGUAUGCUGUAUAUAAAUGUCCUGAAGACCUUUUUAGGCCUUAAUUUGAGGAAGGUCAAAAUUAGGACCUGUUGUGUUUUCCUGUCUCACAGCAGUUAA